AAAAGGGGUGAUGCAACGAGCCGGGCGACAACAGUAACGUUACCAGCUGAGAGAGCGAGAACACUCCAGCCGGCGGAGAGCAUCACAACACGCGCGUUUUAUUCAGCAAAAACAAGAUUUCGGAAUGAUGCUUCAGCAUCCUGGCUUGGGUUCCUUGGAGAUCAGCGCAUCGGCUUUGGUUCCCUGCCUCUCCCCGCCAGGCUCUCUCACACUGGACGACUUCACCAACUUCACUCCAUUAGUGAAAGAGGAGCUGCGCUACGCCAUCCAGAACAAACGCAUGUCAAACGGCAUGAGCACCUUGACCACUGAUCGAGCAUGUAUGAACAGCGAACGACCCCCUGAACUACCUGUAAUGAAGCGACUGGCCACUCCAGAGGAGAGUGAACGAAGAAAAAGACGGAGGGAAAGAAACAAAGUUGCAGCAGCAAAAUGCCGAAACAAGAAAAAGGAGAAAACCGAUCAUUUACAAAAGGAGUCCGAGAAGUUGGAGUCCAUCAACGCCGAGUUGAAAGCCCAGAUUGAGGAGCUGAAGAACCAAAAGCAGCAGCUAGUUUACAUGCUCAACCUGCACAGGCCCACCUGCAUUGUCCGCGCUCAGAACGGCCAGACCCCUGAAGAUGAAAGGAAGCUCUUCAUCCAGCAAAUCAAAGAGACCACCCUGCAGGGUCUGAAUCUAACCAUAAGUGGACCAACACACACCGUGAUACCAACUAGCUGUGGGCAUCUCUGAAUCCCCCAAACUGUACAGGCAAGAAGCUAAUGGCUCCGCAAUCCUCGCCAAGGAACACUGGGAGGUUCACCCACGUUAUAAAGGACUAAACACGGGUGCCUGCCAUGAUGCCACUCAAGGUCGGUCUGAUGUACACUGAAAGAAAGAGACUGUUAAAGCACUAAAGUGUUGAAGGACGUCUGAUGCGUUUUUCUCUUUAUUUAAAUGUUCGUAAAUGUAUAUGCUUUUUGUAUGCACCAAAGCUUGAUGUCAUGUUGACGCCAGAACGACAUGAUGUCUUCUAUUUAUCGGCUUGUUGGUUGAAUGAAACCCUGGCGGUGGGUUUGACAGCAAGUACUAUUCUAGUGAGGGGGUAAACCUAGUGAUUUGUGUGUAUCUUUUUCAUUAUUUUGGCAGACAUACAGGGUGAUGAAUGAAGUUGUUUAGUUUGGUUACAAAUGUAUCUGUGGCCUCUGUCGUGUUAAGUGUCCACAUAACAUGCCAUGUGAAGUAUUUCAAGCUGCUACUAAUCUCUCAGGACUUGGGCUAUGUAUAUUACAGGAAACUCAUGCUAAAACAGAUAAAAUAACAGGGAAGUCGACGAGGAGUGGACUUUGAGACGCCACUUACGUACAAGGAAACCUCUACCCUUCACCACUGAAAGGCUGUCUAUCACCUCAGACAUCUGACUAUAUUGUUGUUACAAUGCUGUGAGCAGGAGGGUCUGCAUUUAUCAGCCCACUGUAAAAAGAAAGAAAAAAGAAAGUGUUUUUUGUGCUUUUAGCAAGGACAUACUUAUUUUCUGAUGUAUAAUGUAGCUGUGUGUUGUUAUUGUCUAUAGACCAGCUGACAGUGAACCAUCUCGGAACGUUCUGACAAGGUUCUCUUAAAGUCAUGAGCAAACGUUCUUAAUAGAAUGUUCCUUUAAAGUUAUGUUCUCAAAACCUCAUUAAUACAUUGUUCAUCUUUUUCUGUAAUAAGUUGUUUUAUAUAGUUACUACUUGUUUUAGAACAAUCGGAGAACAUUCAAAAGUGACAUUCUCAAAAUGUUUGUAGAAAUGUUUAAAUGGAACGUUUGCAUAACCAAGACAGGGAAAUUAGAUGUUUUAAAGUGUCAGAGAACUUUGGGAGGUAAAGUUUGCAUUAUGUUUGCAAAAAUGGAACAUUCCCUUAAUGUUUUGUUUAACGUUUGCAUAACCAAAACAGGUUUUUUUAAUUGGAUCAGAGAACAUUCAACUUAAUGGGAAUGUUAGCAAAACGUUCUUAGAAUGUUAUUGUUAGCUGGAAAAAAAGAAGCUUAAAAUAUUCAAUGUAAAGCUUGAAAUAUUCAACGUAAAGCUCUUAAUAAUUGUCUGGCUGUGUUCCUGGGUCAUGUGUCUAGCACUUUUAAUGUCACGCCAUGUUGUUAGUGAAGAAACACAUACCACAAGACAUCUGAUCGGGCCCUGUGACUGUAUUGCCUAAUAUUACAGAAAGGUGUUAGAAAUAUUUUAAAAUUCAAGAAACUCCCUAAUCUUUUUACAAAUUUCUGCCUCUUGUUUUUGAGUAGUCUAAAUGUGUGUUCUGUCGUGUAGUGAAAGGUUAAGUGACGCAGGCGUCAGGUAGAUAUUUCCUUUUUUUUUUGUUGUCGUUGUUCAAAUAGGCAUGCCACAAAAUGUGGUACUACUGACAUUAUAUGUGCAAUGAAAACAAAGCUUUCUGUUUGUGGUUAAACCAGGUUUUAUCCAUCACAUCAUUGCUGUCCACAUAAGAGUUCAAGUGCACUUGCUACCAGAAGUCAUGUUUGAGAAGGUAUAAUGGGCUGUAUUCAAUUGCAUAUUUAUAUAAAAUGGCUUCAUUUUGAC